AAUAUUUUGUUCACUGAACAACAUUUUUAAGGGUUUUUUCAAUCAUUCUUAUUUGAAUAAUGAAAUUAAAAAUCUAAUAAGAAUACGAACAUAAAUUUACCAAGCUGAAUGCCAAGAAAGACUUUUGAUCCUUGCAAAGCGAAUGCGUGUAAAAUUCAGGCUUGUUUGAGAGAUAAUAAUUAUAUCGAGGAAAAGUGUUUAGAUGUUUUGGAGGAAAUGCGACAAUGUUGCAUUAAAUGGAAACCAGUGAGCUUAUGUUGUGAAGGAAUUGACAUUAACAAAAGUUAUAACCCAACAAAAGAAGAAUCAAACAAGAAGAAAAAUUAAUUAAAGUGAUAUGAAAAAUUAUAAGGAAAAGCAGGAUUUCAGUUACAAGUAUCAGAAACCAAGCUACCAAUUACCAAAAAACAGCUGGAUCAAUAGAAAUCCACGAUUAUUCUCAAUUUUAUUUAUUACUGGAAGUCUUUCAAUUUUCUUUUCGCGUCAAAUCUACGACAUAUUCAUCAGAAAGGACGAAGAAUUUUUCCAGCAAUCAUCUAGAAUACCUCCAAAUCGAAGAUAAAUGGAUUCUGUUCGUAAAGCAAAGGAACGUCUUAGUAAAUAUCCAAUUUUGUUAGCAAAAUGCUCUGUUGCAGCAUCAACAUAUGCAGCCUGUGUGACCAAAGACUAUGCAAAUGUCAAGCAAGAUGCAUGUGAUAAAGAGUUCCAACAGUUUAAAAAGUGCUUAAUUGAACAAGCUAGAAACAUGAAAACAUCUUUGUGAAUAGUGAAUAAUGUAGUAUUUCCUUAAAAACUUAAUAAUUGAAGAUAAUAGAGAGAAAAAUGUCAAGUUUUCAAAAACAUUUAAUAAUUAGUUUGAUAAUUAGAUUAGUGCUUAUCAUUUAUGGUGAGAUACAGGACAAAAUAUCAGAGGUGCCAUUUACAGAUAUAGAUUAUAAAGUUGUAAAUGAUGGAUCUUGGCAUAUUUACAACGGAAAGUCACCAUUUAAUAGGAAUACUUAUAGAUAUACGCCUCUUUUGGCUAUAUUCUUAUUACCCAACAUUUACAUCCAUAGAUGCUUUGGAAAGAUUCUAUUUUCAUUAUUUGAUCUAAUGAUUGCUGUCAUCAUUAAAUGGAUAAUUAUGGACGAAUAUCAUACAUUAGUUGUUAAUCAAACGGCAUCAGUUGAAGAUAACAAGGCUAAGAUUGAGAAGAAAUAUUUUGGAAGUGCAAAAAGCAAAGUAAGACUGCUGAAUACCAAAAAAGACUUGAGAUUGAUAGGAUUGAGUGAUCGAACGAAAUUUGAAAGAAUGGCUAAUUUUGCAGCCAAUUUUUGGCUUUAUAAUCCACUAACAAUGGUUAUUGCUACUCGUGGAAAUGGUGAUGCUUUAUCAUCAUGUCUGGUACUUUUGUCAGUUUAUUAUCUUUUAAAAGUUAACGAAAAUGUGAGUGACAAAGAGAAUGAGAAGCACAUUGUAUUGUCAGGAAUAUUUCAUGCACUUGCUAUACAUUUUCGACUCUAUCCUUUAUUCUUUAGUCUUGCAUACUAUAUGUAUCUAUCUAAUAAUAACCGUCAAAUCACAAAUUUUCAUUCAUUGAUUAAUUGCUUUCUUAAACCAAACCGGAAGCAAAUAAUUCUUAUUUUAACUGUCUUGAAGGUAUUAAUAUUUCUAACUGGAAUAUUUUAUCUCCUUUACAAUUAUAAAUUUUUAUACGAAUCGAUCAUUUAUCAUUUUAUUAGAAAGGAUACGAGGCACAACUUUUCAUUAUAUUUCUAUCUACAAUAUCUUAAUUCUGGUUCUCAAAUUAAUAUCCUCGAGAAAAUUCUAACAUUUACACCUCAAUUAGUGCUAAUUUUAUUAAUUAGCUUUCGAUUUAGUCGUACAAGACAAACGUUUCAGUUCUGUCUAUUCUUAAUUGCUUUUAUCAUGGUCAUGUAUAAUCCAGUAAUUACUUCACAAUAUUUCGUCUGGUUUCUUUCACUUUUUCCAUUGACGAUCAAUAAUUUUAGAAACAUGACUACAAAGCAGAUGAUUAUAUUGCCAGUCCUUUGGUUUGCUGGUCAAGGAUUGUGGUUAUUAUGCGGAUAUUUCUUGGAGUUUAAAGGAUUCAAUAGUUUCGAUUUUAUAUGGGUUGCUAGUGCGAUAUUCUUCAUUAUAAAUGUAGUCAUUUUACAAACAUUAAUAGAAAACUAUGAUGAUUCUAGUGUAAAAAUCAAGUAGUCAGUCAUG